GGUGCGCGGUACCAGAGCCGGAGCAGACGUCACGGGAAUCAACGUGGGUGCGAGUGCAGUUGUCACUACGAGUUGACACCACCAAUAGACCCCGACCGACCGUCCAUCCGUCCGUCCGCCCGCCCGCCCGCGCACUCCCGCCGCGGGCACUAGACGACGGAAUUGCGGUGCGGGCGCAGCUCCCCGCGAGCCCAACAGCAACGAGCGCGCCGUUCCUCGGGGGACCCUCUGGCCGCGCUCCGGGAAUCUCGUACCCACCGAUGAGCGAGCGGCCGAGGCGCGAACGCGCUUCCACCGAGGGUGCCGCGCGGCCGUCGCGGCGAGACAGGCCGCGGUCCAGGCUUUAAAUUCAAAGACGGUGCGGAUAGAGGAAUGACGCUGGAGAACCCGUUCUUUGUCGUCAAGGACGAGGUGUGCAAGGCGUUGAACAAGAAUCGCGGCUUGUACGGGCGCUGGAGCGAGCUACAGAAUGUCACGAUCACGUCACCGACAGGCGGACUGAGCGGCUCGGCCACCGCAAUCUCGCGUACGGACGAGCUCGAUUGGACCACCACCGAAUUGCGGAAAGCACUUCGUUCCAUCGAGUGGGACCUCGACGAUCUCGAGGACACUAUCUGUAUCGUUGAGAAAAAUCCAACAAAGUUCAAAAUCGACAACAAGGAAUUGACUGUACAACGGAGUUUUAUCGAACAGGCACGAGAGGAAGUCAAGAUCAUGAAGGACAAACUGAACUUAAGCAGAAGCCGAGAUCGUGACAGCACGGCAAGACAGCCACUUUUGGACAACAGUCCAGCAAGAGUGCCGGCUAAUCAUGGCACUACUAAAUACAGCAAGCUAGAAAAUGAAAUAGAUAGUCCAAACAGACAAUUUCUCAGUGAUACAAUGCAUCAGCAAAAUACUAUGAUGAGACAGCAGGAUGAACAAUUAGAUAUGAUUGGGGAAACGGUUGGCACUUUGAAAACAGUUUCCAGGCAAAUCAACAAUGAAUUGGAUGAGCAGGCUGUGAUGUUGGAUGAAUUUGGGAACGAGUUAGAGACGACAGACUCCAAAUUGGAUGCUACCAUGAAGAAGAUGGCCAAAGUGCUGCACAUGAGUAAUGAUCGGGGACAAUGGGUAGCCAUUGGAGUGUUGACUGCUAUAUUGGUGUUUUUAAUUAUUUUAUUCAUAAUUAAAUGAAUCAUCUCUUGUCUCCUCUAGCUCCUCCUCCCUUCCCUUUUCUACGAUAGUUUUUUUUGUAAUUUUAAGUGUAAAUCUAAGUCCAUUUGACCUAUUACUGAUAGCGAGAUUUUAUGAAUAUUAGAAAAAAAAUAAAAAGUUAUAAUAAUUUAUAAUGUCUUCUCUUAAAUGUCAUUCACCAAUAAGAAGUAUAAUAAUAUUUUCUAUAUAUAAUUGCCUAUAUAAUCUAUUUAAGUAUUCAUAUCAUACAUUAUAGUUAUAAUAAUGUUGUGUAAUAUAAAAUAUAUUAAAAUUGUUUUUCCGCUAACAAGACAACUCUAA